AUGAACACAUCAGCGUCGGCCAAUGGCGACCGGCCGCAACCCCAAAUCCAGCCUUGCCGCUACAAAGUCGGAAAGACGUUGGGUGCUGGGUCAUACUCGGUCGUCAAGGAAUGCGUCCACAUCGACACAGGCCGCUACUAUGCCGCAAAGGUCAUCAACAAGCGGCUUAUGGCCGGCCGGGAGCACAUGGUGCGAAACGAGAUUGCCGUACUCAAGAAGGUGUCCAUGGGCCACCAGAACAUCCUUACGCUUGUCGACUACUUCGAAACGAUGAACAACCUCUACUUGGUUACUGACCUUGCGCUGGGCGGCGAGCUGUUCGAUCGCAUCUGCCGGAAAGGUUCGUACUACGAAUCCGACGCGGCGGACCUGAUCCGGGCCACCCUCUCUGCCGUUGCCUACCUCCACGACCACGGAAUCGUCCACCGCGACCUCAAGCCCGAGAAUCUCCUUUUCCGCACGCCCGAGGACAACGCGGACCUACUAAUCGCCGACUUCGGUCUCAGCCGUAUUAUGGACGAGGAGCAGUUUCAUGUGCUCACAACGACGUGCGGCACGCCCGGCUACAUGGCACCCGAGAUCUUCAAGAAGACCGGCCACGGGAAGCCCGUGGAUCUAUGGGCCCUCGGUGUCAUCACAUACUUUUUGCUGUGCGGUUAUACUCCCUUUGACCGUGACUCGGACUUUGAGGAAAUGCAGGCCAUCCUCAACGCCGACUAUGGCUUCACCCCGCUCGAGUACUGGCGCGGCGUGUCAGACAGCGCAAAGGACUUCAUUAAGCGCUGCCUGACCAUAGACCCAAGCCGGCGCAUGACGGCUCAUGAGGCCCUGCAGCACCCUUUCGUCGCGGGGUGGGCCCGCGCUACCGCCGGCGGCCUGGGUGAUGCUGACAAGGGCCAAAACCUGCUGCCCACGGUUAAGAAGAACUUCAACGCUCGCCGCACCCUGCAUGCGGCUAUCGACACGGUGCGCGCAAUCAACAAGCUGCGCGAGGGCCAAUUCAUGAACGGUGCCAAGAGCCGCGAGCCGAAGCGAGAACAGGGGGGCACUAAUGACCUCACCGUCACCGUCCCGGGGCCCGCAGGCACCACCGCUUCAGCCUUGCUACAACAACAGCUGCAAAAAGCCGACAGCGCCAUCUCAGGCGUCAACGGUAGCAACAGCAGCCAAGGCAAUGACAGCGGCUACGGCACGCAGCCCGAAACUGACGCGAGCGGGGACGUCGCCAUGCAGGACGCUCCGGCAGCAUCGCUGUCAGUGCCGGCGAGUCUGCGGCCAGGCAGCGAGGCCAAUCGGGUGGUAGAGACGAGUAAGGGGCUGUGGAACGGGGUGGGAACCACGAGGCGGUGA